AUGAUUACGAGCCUCUUCAGGGCCUCUGUGGACGGCGCGCCCUCGACAGCGCCUUCGGUGAGGUCCACCAGCGCCGAGGCCGCCAAGGAGACCGCCGGUGCCAGAGGCUGUGCCUUAGCCGCCUUACGCACCUCCGCCUUCAACUGCAGCGCCGCCACCUUGUGCGGACAAGGCAGGUGGUUGUGCUCCCCGACAACUCGAGCGAUGAGGCCGCCGCCCGUCUUGAGGGAGCGGCAGCUGGCCUUGCAGCCAGCGGUCUCGCAGGACCAGUGCCACUCCGAAUGCUUCAUGACGUGCUUGAACCAGAAGGUGUACGCGUCGUGCACCAGUUUCGUGCCCCCCCGGCUUGUUGGCAGGAGGUAA